AAAUAUGCUCUGUAAAAACCAUACAAAGUUUUUCAAACAGAGCGCUAGAGCUUUCGAACCUUGGGCCUUAAAAAUGGUGGACGCCUCAUCAAAACUUCAAGCGGGACUUCUACUGGGGAAUCUAGCAGAAUACGGCUCAUACAGUCAAUGUUUGAGGAUAUUUACAGAGACUGAAUACGGCCCCUUGUUGGGGAAACACUGCUUUUUGAAAAUCUGGCCUUCGAAAAAAUUAAUUCUUCAAGUUCUGAAACUGAAUCGUAUCGAAGACAGGGAACGAUUUACGCAAGAAGAAAUGUUUGCUCUGGGUUGGUCUGUUUGUGUUCCUUAUUCCUGCCCUGUACAAGACGUUUUGAAUCAUUUUAAUAAAACAAUUAGAGAAAUAACUGUCGGGGUUGAUUUGGAAAUAACUUUGGAUGAGAACUAUUGUCGAUCAGUCUUGGAUUAUCCAGUUCUGGAUUUUAAAGAAAAAGUUUUAUUGUUCUUUUAUAGUUUAUUCAUUUUAAUCGGGAUAAUAGCAGCAUUAGUUGAAAUUUAUUAUGAUUCAGAUAAUUUACAACAAGUAAUUGUAAUAUUCUCCGCAUACAGGAACUGCAAAAAAAUAUCUAAAACUGAACCCGAUGGAAAAUACGAUUUUUUCUAUGGUCUGAGAUUUCUGAGUUCUGGAUGUGUCAUAAUGGGUCAUAGAUACAUUAUGUAUAUGGUUUUUCCUACCAUAAAUAGUCUAGAUGAGCUAGUGUGGCCUACAAGCUAUUCAAGCCUUCUAAUUCUGGGAAGCUCAGUCUCAGUGGAUUCAUUCUUUUUAAUAAGCGCCAUGUUUGUUUCCAUGGGUUUUUUCGACUAUGUGGAAAAGACCGGGAGCUUCAACAUACUGUCUUUUUACAUGGUUCGUUACCUAAGAAUAACAUUACCUUUGGCUUUGGUGAUGGUAUUCUAUAUGUAUUUGGUGCAGUUUUUUGCUGACGGACCGUAUGCUUAUGACGUGUAUCUUUUACAUCAGAAACCAUGUAGAGAUUACUGGUGGUCCACAUUGUUGCAUGUGCAAACUUUGAUAAAUCCAGGAGAAUUGUGUUUGUAUCCUAUUUGGUACCUGUCAUGUGAAAUGCCGUUCUAUUUUCUUUCACCGAUAGUACUGUACCCUAUGUGGAGAUGGCCUAAGGUUGGAUUUACUCUUUUACUUGGAUUGUAUCUCUUUUUCUCGAGUUUUUCAUUUUAUCUUGCCUGGACCAGAAACUACGAUGGAACUCCCCUACCAGUCACAAAUCAGCUUUUAUAUACUGACUACUUUAAAGAAUACUAUGUUGCACCUCAUAUACGAGCUCCACCAUAUCUUCUUGGUCUACUCUUUGGUUACUUCAUAAGAAAAUACAGGGAAGGAAAGGUCAAUAUGCCUCCGUUGAUAAGGAUUUUGGGCUGGAUUAUAUCCUUUACGUUGCUGGUGGUAUCUCUUGGAGGUUGCAGGAACUUUUACCAAGGAGACCACAAGUAUAAUCCGUUGGAAGCAGCCUCAUAUCUGGCUUUUUCCAGGUCUUCUUGGUCGUUAGGCUUGAUGUGGCUGAUAUGGUGUUGUAUGUUCAACUCUGGAGGAAUACUACAAGAAUUUCUAUCUGCUUACAUCUUUAAGGUAUUGGGUCGAUUGACUUAUGGUAUGUUCUUGAUUCACUCUAUAGUGCAAGUAUAUAAAGGUGGAUCAUCGAAAGUAUCUUCACAUUUUUCUAACUUCAACGCUAUUUUUGAUGGAAUGGCAGACAUAACACUCAGUAUAUUAAUCUCGUUUGUAUUUACGUUGUUUUAUGAAAUGCCACUAGUUCAGAUACAAACUACACUUUUUAGAACGAAAUCUGACAAUGCAGUUAAACGUAAAAUACGAAUACAACCAAAAAAUUGAAAAGGAAUAUUCUAUAAUACAAAAUAUAUUAUAAAAUU